AUGUCGCUUCCGCGCAUGAUGCCCUUUUGGGCUCUGGUCUUGCUAGGCACUAUAUCCGAUGCAAAAUUGGAACCACGAGACGUCAAGACACAGCCCAUUGAGAUCAUUGACGGAUCGUCUACGCAGUAUGACAUUUUGACAAGUACAUUUCUCAUGCGGACUGAUGCUACCUACACUGCCACUGACCCGGUUUAUGGAUACGGUGAACCAAACACUACAUACAACAUCCCCCUCGCGGAUCAGCAGCCAUCGUGUGGAACUAUCAUGGUUGAGAGCCAUGUGACUGUAUUAUCGUCGACUGACCGUAUAAUAUCUGUGCCUGAGACAACCACUCUGCCUACCCAGAAUCCAUGCGACAUCGUAACCGUGAUCGUCAGAAUGCAAGGUUACAGGAAAGGUGAUACAACGAAUCCUAUUUCACAAGCUCAGGUCAAGGUUUUAAUUCCUUCAGAGAGCGAAAGUUCUCCUCCAGCCGGAACAGAAAGUUCCUUAGGUGGCUCUGCCAUUUCUUCAGAUCCAGCAGUGCCGUGGACUACAAUCACUACUCAAGGAACUGGCACUGCUCCUAUGACCAUCACGCAAUCUCCAACUCGAGCUGGUGAAACAGGAACCGUUUUGGUUAUGGCGGUUAUGACCUCGGAUGCCCCAAUCGACUAUACCACCAUCACCAGCACCGGAACCGGCACCGACACUGGUACUUAUACUAUCACCGAGACCCCGUCAGGACCUGGCCCUGGUACAGUGGUGAUUGUGGUACCCAGCCCGGUAGCUCGUUACGUUACCGUGACAUCCUAUGAUCGAUCGGUUACAGCCGUGGUCACGAGUACAAUGACUCCCAGUGCUCCUGGCGAAACUGGCACUGUUGUUGUCUACGAUCCAUACGAAUGGGUGACUACCACCUCUUAUGAUGAUGCUGCGCCCUCUGACCAUACAACGUCUAUGUGGCCUUCUGCGUCUGAUCAUGUAGGCACGGUAGUCGUGUAUAGGGCAUACAAAUGGGUGACAGUAAGCUCGUAUGACGCAACUAUCACAGCCGCAUCUACACAGACUAUAUCCCCGAGCUCCCCAGACCAGACGGGUACUGUCCUGAUAUACCAGCCAGAUCCAUGGUUCACAGUUACUUCCUAUGGAGGUGUCACGGCGGCAUCAACAACCACUGAAUAUCCAACUGCCCCAGGCGCAACUGGCAAUGUUAUUAUUUACAAGCCACACCAAUUGACAACCGUCACCUCUUACGACCCAGCGGUUACAGCCGCAUCCACAACCACCAUAUCACAAUCUACUGAAGCAGAGACAGUCACUGUUAUGGUAUACAAGCCUUAUCAGUGGGAGACCGUCACUUCUUACGGGGACUUCACAGCUGCUUCUACAUCUACCAUAUCUGCAACAGCUCCAGAUGCAACCGGCACUGUUAUCGUGUAUCAGCCUGAUCAGUGGGUGACCAUCACUUCUUAUGGACAAUAUGCCGCUGCGUCUACAACUACAAUUUCUCCAUCCAUGCCUGGUCAAACAGGUACCGUUGUGGUCUACAAUUCGCAGCCAUAUUCGACCUUUACUUCUUAUGGAGACGUCUCGACCGAAACCACAUAUACCUCACCGCCUCCUGCUCCUGGCCAGACAGGUAUCGUUAUGGUUUUAAUGCAACAGCCAUAUACGACUGUCACUUCGUACGGAGGCGUUACGGCCGAGUCUACGACUACUAUAACCCCAUCGAGUCCAGGCCAAACGGGCACUGUUGUGAUCUUUGAUCCACAGAUGUAUGUGACUACCACUCAUUAUGGAAGGGUAACAGCUGCUACUACAACAACUGAGAGCGGACUUGGCUCUAACCCAACCCUGACCGUUGUGGUUGAUCUCCCUCAGCCUUACACGACCGUAACUUCGUAUGGAGCCGUUAGCGCUGAAUCUACAACCACCAUAAGUCCAACCAGCCCAGGCCAAACGGGUACCGUCGUGAUCUUUGAUCCACAGAUGUACGUGACAACCACCUAUUAUGGAAGGGUCACAGCAGCUAUAACAACAACCGAGAACGGUAACGGGCCGAACCCGACUCUCACAGUUGUGGUUGACUUACCCCAGCCUUACACUACGAUCACCAGUUAUGGCUCUUUCACCGCAGCCAACACUGUGACAUAUCCACCUUCUGUUCCUGGUGAGGACGGUACUGUAGAAGUUGAUCUUCCGAUGCCUUUCACAACCGUCACUAACCACAGAGAUGGUCUGACUGUUGCUUCAACUACAACAUACCCAUUCAAUGUUCAAGCAAAGUUUGCCACUGUUGAGGUUGAUGUGCCUCAGUCCUACACUACAGUCACAAGCUACGUUCCAGGCUUGGCAGGCCCGGCAUCCACAACCUUACCAGUUGACAAUCCAGACGAUGUGAUGACUGUUGUCCUCAAUCUUCCGCAGCCAUACACAACCAUCACAACCUAUGUUGACAGUUUGACUGCACCUGUGACCACGACAAACCAGCCGGCUAAUCCCGGAGAUCCUGUUACUGUUGUGAUUGAGAGCCCUCAGGCAUAUGUAACCGUCACGACCUACAUGGACAGCCUAACCGCACCUCAUACCGUCACGAACCGACCGGCUAAUCCAGGGGAUCCUGCCACUGUUGUCGUUGAGAACCCACAGGGAUAUACAACCAUUACAACAUAUGUUGAUAGUCUUACUGCACCUCUGACUACAACAAACCAACCUGCUAAUCCUGGGGAUCCAGUAACUGUUAUUAUUGAGAGCCCUCAGGCAUAUACAACCCUCACGACAUAUGUUGACGGGUUGACUACACCUUUGACUACAACAAACAGACCGGCCAAUCCUGGGGACCCUGCAACUGUAGUCGUCGAGAGUCCUCAGUUAUACACGACUCUGACUACCUAUGGCACUUACUCUGCACCCCUCACCACAACAUUAGCACCAACUGGGCCCGGUGGCUUGGCUACUGUGCUUGUAGAGAGUCCUCAAGCAUACACUACUGUCACUACCUAUGUUGAUGGCCUGACUGCACCUGUAACCACGACCAACCAGCCAGCUAACCCAGGGGAUCUUGCCACUGUCGUUGUAGAGAGUCCUCAGCUGUAUGCAACAGUGACCAGUUAUGGCUCCUGGACCACACCUUCCACUACAACGUUAUCACCCACUGGGCCUGGCGGCGUGGCUACCGUGGUCAUAGAGAGUCCUCAGGGUUACUCAACUACCACGGCGUAUGUUGAUGGUCUGACCGCACCUAUAACGACAACAAACCAGCCGGCCAAUCCAGGGGAUCCUGCCACUGUUGUCGUCGAGAUUCCCAAGCGGUACACAACUGUGACCAGCUAUGGUUCAUAUACAGCUGCUGUGACAAGCACCAUGACACCGGCAUCCCCAGGUGAUGUUGCGACUGUUGUAGUAGGACUGCCCCAGUCAUAUAAAACUGUGACUAGCUAUGGUAGCUUUACAACUGAAGGAAAUACUACACUGCCACCAGCAUCUCCAGGUGGUGUAGCCACUGUUGUUGUCGAAGAGCCCCAGCCCUACACAACAGUCACAAGCUGGGGUACCUUCUCAGCAGCCCAUACCACUACCUAUUCGCCAACCUCUCCGGGCGGUACUGGAACGGUCGUUAUUCAAAACCCCCAGCCUUAUACAACUACCACAACCUGGGGUUCCUUUUCAGCAGUUCAUACCACUACCUAUUCGCCGAACUCUCCGGGUGGUACUGGAACUGUGGUUGUUCAAAACCCUCAACCUUAUACAACUACCACGAGCUGGGGAUCAUUCUCAACAGUCAGCACCACUACGUAUUCGCCAAUCUCUCAGGGUGGCACUGCAACUGUCGUUGUUCAACAACACCAGUCCUAUACGACCGUCACAACCUGGGGUACCUUCACAGCAACUGGCAGUACCACCUUAUCGCCGACCUCUCCUGGCGGCGUUGCUACGGUUGUUAUGCAAAAGCCCCAGCCAUACACCACUGUAACAACCUAUUAUACCACUGUAUCAACCAUGAGCACGUCCACUGUUACUCCGGCCUCCGCUGGGCAGACAGCUACUGUGGUGGUCGUGGCUCCCGCAGUUGGUACAAAGGCUGCAGAUCAAACAUGCGAUAACGCUGGUUUGGAAUACGCUAUCUAUACGAACUCGUUCUAUAACGCUGAUCCACCAAACUACUCGUCCCUCAACAUUUCCUAUUUUGCAACAGCUUCACCGACUUUUACUGGCAUCACGCAUUCAAUUGGUAUCACAGAACCAGGUGGCGUAAAAUCAGGAAACUCAGGCCCGGCGCAGGUUAUUUAUCCUGGCGCACCAAGUCAGACAUGGCAGUAUAAGGCUGUUAACCACCGGGCAUACUUAUAUGCGCCAAUCAAUGGUACUUACUCUGUUGUUGUACCGUACUCUGACGAGGUCACACUGGUUUGGUUUGGUAGCAAGGCUUUAUCAGCAUGGUCGAAAGCACGUUCAAGUGCAGAUCUGGCCCAAAACUACUCAUGGGGACCUUCCAGUGCUCAAACCUUUAAGAUCCAGCUGACAGCGGGUACUUAUACGCCAUUCAGGGUUUUCUGGGCCAAUGCACAGGGAGACUAUUCUAUGAUAGUUACUGUCACAGCUCCAGACGGUACUGUUAUCGUAGACGGCUCUGGAUCAUCAAGCAAAUACUUUGUUAGAUUUGCUUGUGAUUCUAGUACGCCUUCUUACCCUGCAUUUGGAAGUGGCGGUUAA